CACUGAGAGGUGGGAGUGUGGUCUUCCUGGGAGUCCUGGGGAGCUAGAGGCAGGGUGUGGGCUUGUGACGCCGGCCCUCAGGUUGUCUCCCCCACACUCGUGUCUGCUCUCUUGGGGAGUGUUCAGAUUUAGGUAGUGGGAGGGUGUGGGGGAAUCUGUGGGUCUCCCCACCAUGCUCCCCCCAUGUCCCUACAAGUGUUUCCAGAAGAGCCUGAUCCCGAGUUACAAGGCAUGAAGUCACUGCUGCUCACCCCAAGAAGGGCCGUGUCACCUUCCACCUAAGGGCAGGGACGAGAGCUUCGCUCCAGCCUAGCUCCUUGCCUUCUAGCUGCAGGGGUCCUUCGGCCCGGAGCCCCCGGCUCCCUCGUCACCCAGAAGUGGGAAAGGCCAAGCCCUACCCCUCCCACCCACCCCCAGCCUCCCUCUGUCGCCCAGGGAAGGAGUAGCUGGCCGCGGCCCCGGUCCCUCAGCCCUCUAGGCUUUCCCUGUUAGUCUAAGGAAGGAGCCGGAUUGAUUGAGAGGGGGGAGGAGGAAUUUCCCUGACGCUCUCCACCCCCUCCUUCCAUAGGAACUCGGCAGGGGCCCAGGGGAUGUUGGCAAGGGCCCCAGGCAGCUGUGCUGGGGGUGAGAGGGGCAGGAGAGGCGCUGACGGGCGAGGGUGUGGGCUGCUGCCGGGCCCUCUUCCCACACAGUGCUAGGCUGAAGAUCAGAGGUCUUUGUGGGGGAGGCGGAAGCUGGGGAGGCAGGCGAGGAGAUGGGAGAUCUGGGAUGCUGAGCCCGGGCGCCCCGUCCCGGCUGCACCUCCCCAAGGACCCUCCCCUUCUUCCCCCGCACCCUCGGCUCUGACGAUUGCCAACCCUUCCCCAGACUCUGUGGGACACCAUGUCAUCCUAUCAGAAGGAACUGGAGAAGUAUCGGGACAUUGAUGAGGAUGAAAUUCUGAGAAGCCUCAGCCCUGAGGAGCUGGAACAGCUGGACUACGAGCUGCAGGAAAUGGACCCUGAGAACAUGCUCCUGCCAGCCGGGCUAAGGCAGCGUGACCAGACCAAGAAGAGCCCCACGGGGCCCCUGGACCGGGAAGCCCUGAUGCAGCACCUGGAACGGCAGGCCCUGGAGACUAAGGAGCGGGAUGACCUGGUGCCCUUCACGGGAGAGAAGAAGGGGAAACCGUUCAUCCAACCCAAGAGGGAAAUCCCUGUGGAAGAACAGAUCACUUUGGAGCCCGAGUUGGAAGAGGCUUUGGCCAAGGCCACAGAUGCUGAAAUGUGUGACAUUGCAGCCAUUCUGGGCAUGUACACACUGAUGAGUAACAAGCAGUACUACGAUGCCAUCUGCAGUGGAGAAAUCUGCAACACCGAGGGCAUCUCCAGUGUGGUACAGCCCGACAAAUACAAGCCAGUCCCAGAUGAACCGCCAAAUCCUACGGACGUCGAGGAGACACUGAAGAGAAUUCAGAACAAUGACCAGGCGCUGGAGGAAGUGAACCUCAACAACAUGCAGGACAUCGCAGCCUCCACUCUGAUUGAGCUGUGUCAGGCAAUGAAGGGGAAUACCCAUGUCAGGAGCUUCAGUCUGGUGGCUACACGAAGCGGGGACCCCGUAGCCAAUGCCGUAGCAGAGAUGCUUCGAGAGAACAAGAACCUUCAGAGCCUCAACAUCGAGUCCAAUUUCAUCAGCAGUUCAGGGCUCAUGGCCGUGCUAAAGGCUGUUCGGGAGAAUUCCACACUCACUGAGCUAAGGAUGGAUAACCAGCGUCACUGGCCAGGGGAUGCUGUAGAGAUGGAAAUGGCUGCCAUGCUGGAGCACUGCCCGGCCAUCGUACGAUUUGGAUACCACUUCACGCAGCAAGGACCGCGGGCUCGAGCAGCUCGAGCAGUGACCCGGAACAACGAAUUACGUCGGCAGCAGAAGAAGUCAUAAUGCCAUCCUUCCCUAUUGUUUAAAGCUGGGACCCCUGGAUGCAGAUGCCCAUCUCCCCUUCCUGUAAAUAAAGGUCUUUUUGCCCACUUCACCUGUCUGUUUCUCUGGCCUGGGACUGGAAAAGUGGGGAGGUGAUCUUGGCACAAACCCCCUUCCCAGGGUGUCUGCCAGUUCACUAGGGGAUUAUUUAUACCCCAGAGAUCAGCAGGUUCUAGGCUCAGGUUACCACUAAGAGGAGAGAGAAAUCCCUGCCUUUAUCAGGGCCCUUAUGCCUGUGAUGGCCCCAAGACACACAACCCUUCUUUAUUUCCACUCAGCAUUGGCUCCUCCAGCACCUCUGAUUGUGGCCGCCCUGCAAAAGCAGGAAAAGCCCCUGUGGAAAUGGGAGGGAGAGCAGAGGGAGCUGAGGUGGGAAGGUGUCUGACAACUCAAAGGGCAGAGAACUGCCCUAUAUACUUUAUUAAUAGGGCAGAAGGCUGGGUGCAGCUGACGCUUGGCAGGGUUCUGGAAGGGCGGGUGUGGUAUAGGCAGUUGGGCCACCCGCAGGGGUAGGAGGACAGACCCGAAUUGCUGGAAUGGCACAGAGAGCCAGACCAUGGAGGAAGAAAGAACCCAGUCUUUUCUCAGGUUUAUUUAAACAAAAAGUGGGGGGAGGGUAUCAAUCCAAGGGGAGAUCCGGGGGUUCCUCUUCAUCAGAAU